AUGGCUACUGUCUCAGGAGCGUGUGUGAUCUCGAAGGUAUCGGGCCUCCUUCAGAUUCGUGAGGAUACCACACCUUCCAAACUAAUAUGGAAAGCGAUUGAUCAGGAUAAGUCAUUGGAGAUUCCUUUGAACAAUCUCGAUAAGCUUCAAGUAUCGAAAGAAACCUCCCCCAAGAUGCUUCUUAAGUUGUACUAUGCGGAGGGUGGAAAUCCAGAAAUCAAAGAUAUAAAACUCACGUUCAACAACAGACAAACCAUGCAUGCGGUCAAGGAUAUUCUUCAGACCAUACUUGCAAGACAGAAGACUGUGAUCAAAGACAGUCCAGCUCCAGUAAGCGAUUCAGGAGCAUCUGCCCUGGGAACUCCAGCACCGACAGGAACUAGUUCUAACGGCCAAUCACCAGCACCAGGUGAUCCAUUUGACUUUUCGAGUCAAGAAAGUCUUUCAGAUUCAGCAUUAAUGAAGAACCGUCAAUUGCAACAGAAACUUUUGUUGGAGGACAAAUCGCUUCGAAAUAUUUUCACACAAUCUGUUAUAAAGUUUAAACUUUCGCCAGCCAUUUUCUGGUCGAGCAGAGUUAGUCAGUUGAGAACAUAUGCAUUGACUAUUUCUCAGCACCGUGGUCCAUAUAAUGUGCUUUCAACGAUUCGUCCGGUCGCCACCUCAGACAACCAGGUUAACGUGAAUGUUACAAGAGACACCAUCAACGAGAUUUUCGAGACAUAUCCCGUGAUCAAGAGAGCAUUCAAUGAGUUGGUUCCCGUAAAGCUUAACGAAGGAGAAUUCUGGUCGAGAUUCUUCAACUCCAAGCUCUUUAGACGACUUCGUGGAGAUAAAAUUAACAUAGCAAACUCCCGUGGUGAUGUGGUCAUUGAUAAGUACCUCUAUGUGGACGCAGACUUUGUAGAAGAAGAAGAGAAGAGCAAGAAUCUGACUGAAACACCUGGGGAAGGAAAAGCGGUCAAGAAGUUCAUAGAUUUGUUUGGAAAUGAGGCCGAUAACUCACAGAAACUUGGAAUCUCACCGGAUUUUACCAUGAAGUUCUUGGAUGAAGAUGCAGCAAAUACUGGAUCGCAAGUUCGCAACGAGCCUCGAUCUCACAAGAACGAGAACGAGAUGAUGAUUCUCAUGAAGAAUAUGAACAAGCUUUCCAGCAAAAUGGUGACGAUUAAUUCUAGUGAAGCUUCUGAGCCAACAGGAGAUAAAAAGAUCUACGAGGAGCUCGAGGAAGAGUUGGAUAUUGCUGAUUUGAAUGAGGCCGAAAAGCUAAACUACAUUGAAUUGAACAUUGAUACUCAAGCUGCUCGUCAUAGCAUGCAUUUGCAAAAAGAGUCUACUUUGCCCGAAGACUCUGCCAGCGAUGAAGCAGUUGCCUCUUUUCUCUCAGGGAACGUUUUUUCCAGCGCCAGCCAGGUUGAUCUCCGUGAAACCUAUGCAUCCAAGACUGACGAUAUAUCCAAGGCUUACCACGAUAUUACCGCGCUAGUCAAGUAUAAUUUCCGGAUUUUCAAGCUGGUGCAUAAUGUCAAGGAUACAAACCAGUCUAGUGGCGAAAAGAUAUUGAGUGACGAGGAGGUUCAAGAACUCAUUACGUUCAACAUCACCAUUAUGGAGUUUCUCCUGCAUUUCUGGAACCUCUUCUUGAAUGGUGGAAAUCCUGUUCAGUUGAAGAAACUUUUCACCAAUAUCCGUAAUUGCGAAAGCACCCUCAACAACAUGAAAAAGAAACUUACCGACCAGAUCCUGGAACACCCGUUGGUGAAACUGAAUGAUAAGCUUCGCGAUAAGUUGUUGAAGGACCUAGACAACUGUAUUUUCCCCAUGAGUUCUGGGCUCACGAAAGCCAGCAAUGACUACAUGACGGCAGUACGUGCUGCUAACCAAUCAGAAACGAACGAAAACGGGAAAAGACCGCUUCCGGUCGAGAAUCCAUGA